AUGCAGUACAUGGCUGCUGUCAUGCGCAUGUUUGAUAUUCUCGAGCAAAAUGUCACCAAGGUCGACAAGAUCGAAAAGCCACGCGAGCCAGAGCCUGGGAUGGAGACUGCCUAUUUACUAUGUGCAACCACGCACAAUGUCGAGCGAAUCAUUGAAGAUAUGACGCCCACACGUACCAGGCCGCCUUUGUAUGAUGCAGCCCAUGUGUUCUUUGUAGAUGCAGUAUCGGACGAGCUCGUCGAGAAGCUCACGCGUUCAAAGGCAGGACCCAAGCUAAAGCAGCUAGUUGAGCUAUUUAUCAACAUGUGGCCGACCGAGUCACAGACGUUCAUGCUAAAGCAUCCAAGCUCGUUCUUCACCGUGUUUCAGCCAAUGGAUACCAAAUUUUCGCCAUCGAUGGACGAAGCUCUCGCCUUGAUGCAAGACGAGCUCGAUAUGUCGACGCAAGCCAUCCUAAAUGUUUGUGUUACUUUGAAUGAAAAUCCCUUGAUUAGAUACUUGCACACGCCCGGCAAGAUCCUCGGACCCCUUUCCCCUGAGGCACUCUCCGACACCAUUGAGGGCACGUUUGCCGCUGAUGACGCACGCAUCUCCGAUGUGCCAGGCCGCAUCCAGAUUGGUGUACCAUUCACGCAACAGCUUGCUCAUCGCGUUCAGGCAGCGCUGGACGACUAUUCAAAGAACCAGAUGCUCGGUGAUCCCGGCCGUCCACGCGGCGUCCUGUUUAUCACGGACCGCACGAUGGAUCUCGUCUCGCCGUACCUGCACGAGUUCACCUACCAAGCGAUGGUGUACGAUCUCGUUCAAAUUCACGACAACACAUACAAGCACACUUAUGUGAACUCAGAGGGCGCGCGUGAAGAGCUUGUCGUUGAGCUGAAUGAUGAAGACGAGAUCUGGACAUCCAUUCGCCACCUACACAUCGCCGAAGCGAUCGUGUACCUGACCCGAGAGUUCCAACAACAUAUGGGAGAGGCAAGCCAGUUCUCCGACAGCAUGUCAAUCAGCGGCAUGCGGGAUAUGCUUACGGCUCUCCCCCACAUGCAGCAGACGAAAGAGAAACUGUCGGUGCAUCUGGCACUUGCACAGUUGUGCAUGGACAAGUUUGAGCGCAGCAAGCUUUCUGCCCAGGCCAUGGUCGAGCAGAAUGCAGCGACGGGCCAGACGCCUGAGGGCUCGCGCCCUCGCUCCCUCGUUGAGGAAAUGGUCCCGAUUCUCGAUGACCCCUCUAUCACAAACUCAGACAAGGUGCGCAUCAUUGCUUUGUAUAUUUUGUAUAGCGAUGGUGUGCAGGACGAAGACCGCCGCCGAUUGUUCCAGCAUGCACGACUCACAGGCGGAGAAACGGCGUCCAUUACGAAUCUUUCGCUUCUCGGUGCGCGCGUGACUCGGGAGCCCUCGACGUCGAGCCUCGAUGCCAUCUUUCGCAAGCGCCGGAAAACUCUCGCGCCCCGCUUGCCUGCCGCUGGUCAGUCAGAGUAUGAACUGAGUCGAUGGCAGCCCCUUCUCCGCACGAUGCUUGAAGACCAUCUGUUGGGCCGUCUCGAGCAAGCCAUGUUUCCUUAUGUGCGUGAUGCGCCGCCCGAGCAGCCAUUCUCUGCACAGCUGCAGCAGCGGUCCAUGUCGUUCAGUGCUAGUGCGUCUGAUAUGGCCACAUCUAUGCUGCACUCGGCGAUCAAUGCUACCGGUGGCAAAGACUCGCCACUCGCGCGCGUAGGCGCCGGCUUUGGCUUCGAUCAGUCCAGCUCAACACGCGCACAAACGCUACGUGGCGGCGGCACAACGAGUCUGCGAAGUGCACGGCCCACAUGGCAUCAAAAGGGUCGCUCGCAAUCGGCAGCGAGUAUCGCAGCGCCUGCUGGUGCCGGCAGCAGCACAGCUGCUGGCGCUGGCGGCACGUUGGGAUCACAGCGUGCACCAUCCACCGUUUUAGAAGAAAUGAGCAAUCCAUCUGCUCAGCGUCUCAUUGUAUUUAUGGUCGGCGGUGUCACGUAUUCUGAGAUGCGCACGGCCUAUCAGGUCGGCAAACGCAACAACGCUGAAGUAUACCUUGGUUCCUCUCAUGUAUUCACGCCUCUUUCCUAUAUGGACUCAUUACGUGUAAUAGGCACACCUCGGCAACCCGUGCCGCCUGAUCUACAUGUCGAGGCACGUCGGCGUGCCCAGGAGGCGGAGCGAGAGCAACUCUUGGCACAACAACAGGGCAAGAAAGUGAAGAAUGCACCACCGCUCAAGAAGCCCCAAUACCCCCAGGAACUCUGGCCACAAGCGCGGUAUGACUUGCGUUUUACUACAGAAGACGAAGUACCCUCUGCUACUGCUGCUACUGCUACUCCUGCUGAUACUCCUGCUGCUCCCCCGCCCAUGCCUGAAAAGAGUGCGAAUCGCCUCGCGAGGCUUAAGAAGGGUGGCAAGGAUGUUUCGAUGGGUGCUAGUGCAUCUUCGCCCGCGAAGUACGACAGUGCGCCUCCAAACUCCGAUUCUCCAGAUCCAUCCAACGCCGCGGCGGGUGCCGUGCCUGCUGCGCCCACAUCGGUCGCGGCACCUGAUCCACCCAUCUCCACCAGUAGAAACCGCUGGGGCCGCGACAUGUCCAAGUUCAAGCAUGCUUUGUUCCACAAAAGGUAG